AUGAAUGAAACCUCUUCAAGUCAAAACGAAUUUAAUGACUUGGAGGUUGAUAUAGAUAACUAUGAGAAAGUAAAACAAAUUGGCCGAGGUGGUUCUGCGAUUGUUUAUCUUGCCCGAGAUAAAAAUUCAGAUGAGCUUGUAGCAUUGAAAGAAUUUACAGGAACCAUAACCAAGAAGUCAAUUAAGAUUAUUAAACGAGAAAUAUCAACGCAAAUUCAAAUAGAUCAUCCUUUUGUUAUUCAUUUAAUCGGAUAUUCGAAUUUUGAACCAUUUACAAUAAUAGAAGAAUAUGCGCCUCAAGGUACACUAUUUAAAUAUCUUCAUAGUAGUAGCAAAUCACGUUUCCUUGAUGCAACAAGAAAAACUAUCAUUGCAAUGGGAAUUGCACAUGCGAUGGCAAUACUACACAGCCAAGGUUUUAUCCACAGAGAUCUCAAAUCUACAAAUAUUCUUCUUGAUAAAUACUUUUAUCCAAAAAUUUGUGAUUUUGGAAUUUCCAGAGAAAUAAAGAACGAUGAAACUCUUACACGCAAUGUUGGUGCUCCUCAAUGGAUGGCACCAGAAGUAUUUACAAGCGGAAAUUACAGUUUUCCAUCAGAUGUUUACUCAUAUGGAUCAUUAUUAUAUGAAAUAUGCACAGGAACAACUCCUUGGGACUCAAUUAGUAUUUCUAAGAUAGAGAAAGUUGUUACAGAAGGUCAAAGACCAAAAAUUCCAAAUAAUUGUCCUAAAUCUAUCAAAAAAUUAAUAAAACGUUGCUGGGAAGAUGAUCCUGAUUCACGUCCUACAUUCAGUGAGAUAUACAAACAGUUCAAAGAUCGACAAAUCAUUUUUGAAGGCUGUGAUGAUGGCGAAAUCACAUUUCUUGAUCGAAAACUGAAUCAAAUUAAUCAAAAAAUGUUUUCAAAUUCAUCAAAACGAAAACAAACAGACACAAACAAACCUAAAUCAAUAGAAAAUAAACAGAAAAAGAAAAUCAAUGAAAAUAGCAGUAAUUUUGUUGAUUUGUCAGUUAUUAAAAACACACGAGAUUUCUUUUUCAGGGCAGAACUUAAAAAAGCAUCAGAACAUCUUAUGAAAGUCCAAUCUCGAUCAUUUUUCAAAGUUAUCAAACAAUUCAUUUUAAAACCUGCCAUGAAAUCAGAGAUGAUUUGUUUAUUCACAUGUGUUUCACAAGUUAUUCAAAAUCAAUUUCAUUUUGAAACAUUCAUUUCUAUGAAAAUUCACGAGAUCCUUCCAUUUUCCAAUGAAUCUUUUAUUGACUCAUUAUUAGAUAUUGUUUUGUUUAUUUCAGAGAAAGAUCCAACUAUUUUAGUUGAAAAUUAUGAAAAACAGUUCAAAAUCAUUAUGAAAAUGCGACCAUAUAAACUAAUUAUCAUCUUUUCACACAUGAAAGAUAUUAUUAUUGGUUCUUCCAUCGAAAAUUUCAUCAUUCAUUACUCAGAUUUUUUUAUCCGAACAGAUUGUAGUCGUGAAUUCAUUUCUCUUAUCUUUGAACUAUGUCAAAACAAUGAAUUCAUAGAUGAUCACAGAGAAGAUGUUUUCAACAUCUUCAAUCGAGGACUUUCAUCAUCUCAAUGUACAGAUCUUUGUAUGAAUUGUCUUAGUCACUUUCACAAAACAUUCGAAACAGGUUUUUCAGAAAUUGAUUAUGAUAGUUUAAGUUUAUAUUUAGUUGAUGACGAAUUUCGUUCAUCUGCGUUAGAUUUUGUUCUUCACAUUGAAGAACUUCCACCAUUACGAAAUUUGAUUCGUAGUUUGUUGUUUUGUUCUAAAUUUGAUGAACGAGGUACAUUGUGUCUUCUUAAUAUCAUUUCAUUAGAAGAAGGUGCUCGUGAACUUGUUUUUUGCAAGAAGUGGAUUAAUCGCGACAAUCCAACAAUAUUCGGAACACUUAAACUUGUUUUAGGUAUUUUAGUUCAUGAUCAAUUGAUCUCAGAUCUUCAAAAGAUCGACUCAUUUUGUGAAUUCUUAUCUCGAUUGAUUGAUGAAUGUGAUGAUCGAAUCUUAAUCCACAUCUCAGUUAUUUUAUCCAAGUUAAAUAUUGAUUAUGAAUUCACAGAAGAACUAAAGAAGAGUCAGACCGUCAAUAAGAUUUGUGAACGUUUAUUGAGAUUUGAUAUUCAUAGUUGUGAAUAUUUAUCAUGUAUUGAAUGUGUUUGUACACUUUCCGGAUUUCAAUUUUUCUCUGAAUUUUUUGACAUCAUUCCAAAACUUAAAGAAACACUUAAUUCAGACAGCGAAAGUGUUCCUAUGACUAUUUAUGCUAUCACAACACUUUCUAAAUACAAAGAAUUUUCAGAUAUAAUGAAACAGAUGAAAUUUGACAAAUAUUUCCGAAUAUUAAUGAAAGACUCAUAUUACAAAGUCUAUGCUAAACGAUAUUUCAAACACAUGUCCAAUUAUGAGUAA